AAUACCCACUCCAAAGAGACAAAUAAGCCAAAAAAAUGUCCACAUCUUCUCAAUUCUCUCUUCUAAUCUUGUUCUUCAACCUAUCUCUUUUAAUUGGCUUUUCAUUUGGCCAUUUCAUUCCAAGUGUUUGUAAACAAAUCAAGAAUGAAACAUUUUGUAAAGAGAUUUUGGGGUCAAAUCCAAAAGCCAAAAGAGCAAAUUUGUUCGCUCUUGAGAAAAUAGUCAUUAAUUUGACAAUUUCACGUGUUAAUGCUACAAAUGACAAGGUUAAUUCACUUCUAUUGAAGAUAAAAGAUCAAAAUUUGAGGAAUAUUUAUGGGAAUUGUUCAAGUAAUUAUGAAGAUGCAGUGGCUUUUUUAGAACAAGCAAAAUUGUACUUGAAAUACAAGCAAUUUUGGGAUUUGGGCUAUUGUGCUAAAGAUGCAAAUUUGGACGCUUCUUUUUGUGAAGAAUCCUUUAAAAAGGCUGAUUUGCCUUCCCCUCUUACAAAUGAUAAUUAUGUUUUAGGUCUGCUUUGUGAUAUCAUUGUUGUUAUCUCUAAUAUGCUUUUAAAAAUCAAUGUAGAAUUGUUAUUUUAAUAAAAUGGGAGUAUUAUUGUACUCUUACAGA